AUGGAUGAAGAGUCAAAUGUUACCCAUCUAACUCUGGACUGGUACACAGAAAUUAACAAGUACAGAUUUGUUUUCUUUUUCAUCAUGUUUACAUUAUAUAUUCUAAUAAUCUGCACUAAUUCUACUAUUCUGUAUCUCAUCUGGAUUCAUAAAAACCUCCAUGAGCCUAUGUACAUUUUCAUUGCAGCUUUGCUGCUUAACUCUGUUCUUUACAGCACAACUAUUUACCCAAAACUUCUGAUUGACUUUUUAUCUGAAAAACAAGUCACAACAUAUUCAGUCUGUCUCUUUCAGUUUUUUAUGUUUUACACUUUAGUUUUAUCAGAAUUCCUUCUGUUGGCUGCCAUGGCCUAUGACAGAUAUGUGGCUAUAUGUAAACCUCUGGAAUAUCAAACUAUCAUGAGAAAAACCACUGUGAGUAUUUUCCUGCUUGUGGCUUGGCUUGUACCUGCUUGUCAUAUUGCAGUCCAAGCAAUAGCGAGUGCUGAAGCUAAACUGUGCGACUUUAAUAUAAAAGGAAUAUUUUGUAAUAAUGCAGUUUACACUCUUCAGUGUGAAAGAUCAAAAUUAAUCACCAUCUUUGGUGUGGUCAUUGUAUUAGAUCUCUCAAUACUUCCCAUGUUCUUUAUAGUUUUCACAUACACAAAAAUAUUUAUAGUUUCUCACCGAAGUUGUAAAGAAAUUAGGAAGAAAACUGCAGAGACUUGUUUACCCCAUAUGUUAGUUUUAAUCAGUUACUCAGUUUUUUUUGUGUAUGAUGUAAGCAUAGCUCGUGUGAAAUCAGAUUUUCCAAAAACCACACGCAUAAUAAUGACAUUACAAAUAAUGCUCUAUCAGCCUCUGCUAAAUCCUUUCAUUUAUGGGCUCAAAAUGAAGGAAAUUUCUAAACAUCUAAAAAAUCUGCUUUCUCAGGCCAAAAUCAUUCCUUUUUACCGCAUGGACAGGACAAUGGAGUCGGGGAAGAAAAGAGGUGGUGGAGUGUGUUUCAUGGCCUACCUGGAGGAGAUUAGGAACCUGGUGACCUGGUGCCAGGAGAACAACCUCCUCCUUAACAUCAGCAAGACUAAGGAGCUGAUCGUGGACUUCACUACACAACAUGUGAGGAAUUAUGAGUCUCUGAUCAUCAAUGGCACACCAGUGGAGAGAGCGGACAGUUUCCGGUACCUGGGUGUCCACAGGUCUCAGGACCUGUCAUUGUCCUGCCACAUUAACACCCUGGUUAAGAAAGCCCGCCAGCGUCUCUUCUUCCUCAGAAGACUUAGAGACUUCCAUCUGCCACUGAGGGUGCUUAAAAACUUUUACUCCUGCACCAUUGAGAGCGUGCUGACGGGAAACAUCUGCACCUGGUUUGGGAACAGCACCAAGCAGGACAGAUGA